AUGGUGGUGUGGCGUGGGGAUAGCGGGGGGAUGGACGGGGGCGGGGUGGGGAUGGGGGGCGUGUGGAUAAGGGGGGUGAAGCGCUGCAGUCCCAUCACAGGCUGUGAGGAGUUCCACUACCCCCCCUGGAAGAGGGCGCUGUUCCAGUGGCUCGUCAGCCUCCCCAUCUGCCUCCUCUGCCUCUGCUUCGUCUUCCUCGCCAUGCUGCUGUGUCUGGAGCUACAGGAGUUAGUGAUGGAGAUCCAGGAGCUUCCCAGCCUCACCAGAUUCAUCCCCAAAAUCCUGCUGGCCAUCACUGUGACCAUCUGCGACGAAGUGUACAAGAAGAUCGCCUACUGGCUCAAUAACAUGGAGAACUACAGACUGCAGAGUGCCUACGAGAGCAACCUCAUCAUCAAAAUGGUUUUCUUUGAAUUCAUCAACUCCUAUCUGAGCCUUUUCUACAUCGCCUUCUACCUCAAGGACAUGGAGCGGCUCAAAGAGAUGCUGGCCACGCUGCUGAUCUUCCGCCAGUUCCUGCAGAACAUAAAGGAGGUGCUGCAGCCGUAUCUGUACGAGCAGAACAAGCUCGGAGUCUUCACCCCCAAAGUUCUGUGGGAGCUGCUCCGCGCCAUUGCCCUCAAGUACGGCCGCGUGGUGGUAGGAAAGGCCCAGGCUUCGAUCACGGCCUGCUCCCUGCUGGGCCCCAAAGGCAUCGGCGUCACACACGGCACCAAGCCCCGCGGAGACCUCAAAGCGGGGUUCAGGCUGUCGGAGGAGGAGUGGGAGCUGAGCGAGAGCCGCAGAAAGGUGAGCUUCACAGAGAGGGUGGAUCACAGAGAGACCUCCACAGAGAGGUCCCGAGAGGACGAGGACGAGGCCCGGGACGACUGCUGCUCUCUGGGGGACGAGGCCAUGGACGCAGGCUGUGUGUCCGACAGCUGCGACGACGACAGCGAUGCCGAAGUCGGAGCACAGGAGUCCAGAGAUAAUCUCGCCAACGCCUCCCAGAGGAGCUCAGACCCAGUGUGUUCCAAACGGAGGAGCGCGGUCGACCGAGGGGAGAAGAGGAACAGUGGAGACCGAGGACCAGACAAGAAGUCCUGGAUGGAGCCACCGCAGGAGCCCAAGACCGUGGCCCUGACUCAGGCUGAGAUCGAGAGCUGCAUGCAGACCUACGAGGACACGCUGCAGGAUUACCAGGAGAUGUUUAUCCAGUUCGGGUACGUGGUGCUGUUCUCGUCGGCGUUCCCGCUCGCCGCCAUGUGCGCCCUCAUCAACAACGUGAUCGAGAUCCGCAGCGACGCCCUCAAGCUCUGCUCCGGGCUCCAGCGGCCUUUCGGACAGAGGGUGGAGAACAUCGGCCAGUGGCAGACGGCGAUGGAGGCCAUGGGUCUGAUCGCCAUCAUCGUGAACUGUUACCUGAUUGGUCAGUGUGGGCAGCUGCAGAGACUCUUCCCCUGGAUCAGCCCCGAGAUGACCAUCAUCUCUAUCGUCCUGCUGGAGCACUUUGCCAUCCUGCUGAAAUACGUGAUCCAUGUGGCCAUCCCCGACAUCCCGGGCUGGGUGGCCGACGAGAUGGCCAAGCUGGAAUACAGACGCAGGGAAGCCUUCAAGAAACACGAGCUCCAGGCGCAGCAGCACUUCCAGCAGCAGCUGAGGCGCCGCCGCGAGGAGGAGGAGCUCCAGCGUCAGGCCGAGCUCCAGGCCGAAGCCCGAGCCCACGACCUCUCGGACCCAAAGACCUCCGACCCGUCCCACCCGCACCACCACGACAAGGCACGGUCGUCCGGAGACAAGCCCAAGAGACCCAGCUCCCUCCUGGGCAACAACAACGUAAUGAAACUCAAACAGAUCAUCCCGCUCCAGGGUAAGUUCUCCUCGUCCAGCGCCUCCCGGUCGCCCGCCCAGUCGCCCACGGGGGGAGAGGCCAAACUGCCGGGGUUCCUCAAGUUCCUCAAGUCGCCCGAAGUGAAGAAGGACCCACCUGUAGUUUCAUCAUCAUCAUCAUCAACGACUGCAGCGAACUCCAACGCCUCUGCCGCCGCCGGGGUUUCGUCCAAUCAGGAGCGGUCUCAGUCCCCCGGCAGGACAUUCAGCCCCAGGAAACUGUUCGGGAAGAAGGCUGAGGCUAGCGUGGUGUGCGCUAAUGGGACGCAGGGCCACGAGGAGCUGCCGUCCAGCGAGACGGACAGAGACAGAGACAGAGGCGCGGACUCGGACGCUCCAGGUGCCAGGAGCUAG